AUGCCAAUGGAGGCUUUCUUACACCUUAUGCGUCCCCUUGUCUUCGGAGUGCUUUUCAUGUCUGUCAUCGCUUCGGCAACGCAGUCUGCAGCUGUCCCUAUCGUCGACAAUGUCCCGACACCUUCUCGAAAAGACAUGGUCGACUACAUUCAGUGUCGAGUAUGCGAGACGCCUGAACUCACAGGAAGUGUACAGGACUCAGCGUGUGACUACGAGACGGUCGACAAGGCAGUGAACGAGCACUUCCACCCGCUGCUGGACGAGCUGUCGCGCCUCACGUUUUUUCGCUACUUCAAGGUGGAUCUUGGCAAAGAGUGUCCCCACUUGCCGUGGCAAGGUGACGGCAUGUGCGCGAGCAUUGACUGCGCUGUCUGUGAGUGUCCGUCGCACGAAAUUCCAGUGCCGUGGAGUCAAUUGGACCAGCAGGAGAUCCAGUCGCGUCGCAGUCAAAGCAGUCUUGGAGAAGCUGGUAAGCCCUGUGACGAGCAGACGGGUGAAAGCACCUUGUCGAAAGUCGAGCGCAAGAACGCUGUUGCUGGUGAGAGCUUCAAGGCGUGGGAAGAGGUCUCGAGUGCCGACGUAUGGGCUGCUCAGGGCGAAGAAGAGGAGACGAUGACGUACAUUAAUUUGCUGGAAAAUCCUGAGAGAUAUACGGGUUACAGUGGCGUGCAGGCUGAACGUAUUUGGAAGGCAAUUUACGAAGAGAAUUGCUUCGUGCCACGGAAUGAAAGUGCGCUAGACAGCAUGUGUCUGGAAGAGCGGGUGUACUACCGUCUUAUCAGCGGACUGCAGGCUUCCAUUAAUACGCACAUUGCGCUGACAUACAAGUUUGGCAACAAAUGGGGCAGCAACCCGUCGUUGUUCGUCCACCGAGUUGGCAAGCACCGCGAUCGACUACAGAACCUUUACUUUGCCUACCUGUUCGUCAUGCGGGCGAUCGGCAAGUACCGCCAUGCAUUGUUGGCGUAUGACUACAACACGGGUAAUGUUGCUGAUGAUCUCCGCGUGACUGAAAUCCUUCGUCAGCUCUUGCUCGAGGGAUCGAGUGACGCUCGGACAUCAGGAGUUUCGUGCCCAGUGCAUGCCGAAUGUUUGUCCGUCCUGUCUGGCUUCGAUGAGAGUACGUUCUUUCGCGUUCAAGCUGACGGACUCUCCGCGGACCAGCUGGCGUUUGCUAAGAAAGGGAAAGAGGAGCUGGAAGUGCAGUUUCGUGAGAAGUUUCAGAACGUGAGCCGCAUUAUGGACUGUGUCACGUGUGAGAAGUGUCGGCUAUGGGGCAAGUUGCACACGAUGGGAUUGGGCACUGCCAUAAAGAUUCUCCUUGCGGAAGACGUCUCCACAAUCCCGGAAUUGCAUCGCAAUGAGCUCAUCGCGCUCGUCAAUGUAGCCAACAACCUCUCCCGUAGUGUAGAUGGCGUGAAAUUGAUGCGAGAGCUCGAGUUUGUCGAGGCCAUGAAGCAGUUUGGCUUCGUCUGCGGUGCUGCCAUUGUGCUCGUGCUCGCCCUCAUCGCCAUUUUCCACAAGAAGCAUAGAAUGCGUGCGCACAAGAAGCAAGAGUAA